UUCUUCUUCUUCUUCUCUCCCUCUCACUCUUGACUCGUUUUUAAAGGGAAAUCUCGGAGUAACUUCUACGCUCUAUCCCGGUUACUCUCUCUGCCCAUGCCUCACGCGGUACAUAUACUUCGUAUAUAAACUCCACGCUUGAUCAUGCAAAACCCAUCUGUGCCUUCCCAUCUCUCUUCUGUAAUUUCUCCGUCUUUCUUAGCUACAGGCUACAGCUAAGUAACUGCUCUCGCUUUUCGGUGCGCACAGUAACAUGGCGAGACUCGAGGAUCAAUACGAGCGCGUGUUCCGGUGCUUCGAUGAGGAUGGAGACGGUAAGCUCUCGCCUUCAGAGCUGAGGCGGCACGUGGGCUUGACAGGGGGAGUACUGCUCCUGACAGAAGCGGAGGUGGCGGUGGAGUCGCUGGACUCGGACGGCGACGGCCUCCUGUGCUUGGAGGACUUUGUUGGUUUCAUGGAAAAUGGGAGCGAGGAAGAGAAGACGGACGACUUGAGAGAGGCUUUCGGGAUGUACGCGACGGAGGGGUGCGGGUUCAUCACGCCCAAGAGCCUCAAGAGGAUGCUCUCCAGGCUGGGGCAAUCCAAGAGCGUGUAUGAGUGUGAGGCCAUGAUAGGUCACUUCGAUCUGGACGGAGAUGGGGUGAUCAGCUUCGAUGAGUUUAAGCGUGUGUUCCGGUGCUUCGAUGAGGAUGGAGACGGUAAGCUCUCGCCUUCAGAGCUGAGGCGGCGCGUGGGCCUGACAGGGGGAGUGCUGCUCCUGACGGAAGCGGAGGUGGCGGUGGAGUCGCUGGACUCGGACGGGGACGGCCUCCUCUGCUUGGAGGACUUCGUUGGUUUCAUGGAAAAUAGGAGCGAGGAAGAGAAGGUGGGCGACUUGAGAGAGGCUUUCGGGAUGUACGCGACGGAGGGGUGCGGGUUCAUCACGCCCAAGAGCCUCAAGAGGAUGCUCUCCAGGCUGGGGCAGUCCAAGAGCGUGUAUGAGUGCGAGGCCAUGAUAGGUCACUUCGAUCUUGAUGGAGAUGGGGUGAUCAGCUUCGAUGAGUUUAAGGUUAUGAUGAAUUGAU